AUGGCUUCCCUUUCCCCUUCCCCGCCUCUUCUCUCUGACAUAUCAGUUUUCCUGGAUCUCAAUGGGCCCGCAAAGACUCUAUUGCUGAGAGCCGCUGCACGGCCACGAAGUGAUAAUACUUCAUCGUGGGUGACUCAAUUUACCGCGGAUACGGAUUCAACUAUAGACGAAGACGAGUUCGAAGAGAAGCCGACUUUCGAGGAAGAUGUUUCUGUCAGGCGCGAUUCAGAAGAGCAGAAGGCAUGCCUUGACAGAGAUAAAGAAACUUGUCUUGUCACCGGUGCAGGGUAUUCCGAAGCUUACCACAUAGUCCCUUUUUACUUCGACUCAACCGAGCAAAAUGUAGACGCUACCCGUCUUCUAAUCCAGAAUGCGUGCAAAUUACUCGGCCUUGAUGAGUGUCUUUUAGGGGAAGAUCUUGGAAGGCAGCUUGGAGGGUCGGACAAGGACUGGAACAUGCUAUCCCUAAGUCCCCGGGUUUAUGACUUAUGGAGAAAAGGCUUACUGGGUUUCAAGUGCCUGAGAGUAACUUUAGGAGAGCCACUGGCUACAAUCAAACCCCAGGUUUGCUGGAUGUCUGGGAGGACUUCUGAAUACAACAAACGAGAUCCCCAUCGAGAAAUAAACUUUGAUAACAGGAAGAAGACUCUGCAGGACAUUUCAUGGCACUCAAGACUCACAGAUACACCGGGAAGUACAAAGGAUGGUGCUAGAAUUUGCUUGACUAAGGUACGAUCAUCCAGACCUGUUUUGUCUGGGGAAAUCAUCGAGAUUAAAAUGCCUUAUGACAAGGCGUUGAAAAUGAAGAGAAUGAUUGACCUGUAG